ACUCCGCGCAAGCGCGCGUGUUCCAAAUUCUAAUGUGUGUAGCUCUUUUGAACCGAUUAUUGUGACAUAGAUAAAUUUGUGUUUUUUCUUAACAUAUUUUGUGUUCUUUUUUUUUUGUUCGGGGGAAGGCGAUUGAUUUCUACGGCCAAAGAACCAUGCAAAUGUCAAAACCUUCGCUAGAUAAAUAGAAAACUAUCUUCUCAAUUGGAAUUGAGAUGAAAUGGUCUUUCGGAAAAAAGGAAAUUGGCAACCAUCAAGAAUGAAACGUACAAUUUUUGGUCUUUAGAAAAGCAUUGUUUAUAAGAACUAAAGCUUAAUAUUAUUUAUCUAUAAUCUAAGUAUCUAUAAAACAUAAAAUGAUAACAAUAAAUAAUAUUUGAUAACCUAAAAACACAACCAGAAUCUGUCAAAUACGUCACUCGGGGACCAAUAAGCGCGCAGAGAAAUAUGUCAAAAUUAUAAAAGAGGGAAAGGAUAGAAAAAAAUGUCGACGAGUAACGAUUUGAGUGAUAUGGACUCAUCACCCAAACUGCGGAUGAAGCCUGCAGUUAGUAGAAUAUUUUGCUGCAGCGUUACUGCCGCCUCUGGAUUUAUUGCAGCUUAUGCCCUGGUGGCUUACGCGAUCGCGCUGAUUUACGAGAUCGUCUGGGUGGUGGAAUCUCAGGGUGGUCUGCCGGUCGCCUCAGCGUUGCUAAUGAUCUGUUACUGCAUUGUCAUCGCUGCCACCGUCACACUGGUGCAUGGACUUAUAUCUAAAAACAACACAUACCUGCUGGCGUGGCUGAUAGCUGUUAUAUUGGUGCUGAUACCAGAAUGUGCGCUCGUCUUCUACAUGUCUAUUAGUCAUUGGGGUCUUCAAGGAGUGUACGGCGGUGCGGAGCUAGCGUGUUACGUAGCCCGUCUGCCGGCCAUCGUAUGUGGUGUGGUGCUUGUACAGUCUGCGUACGCGCUUAGAGAGGCUAGGAAAUCAGGUUAUGUGAAUGGCGCCCCGGUGAGCGGCAGUGAGUUUGACGCCAGCCACUACGUGCCCGAGGCGCCCAGUGCGUUUACCAAUGAUGGCUUCCUGCCAGAUAAUGGUAAAUCUGGCUCGAUGCCCGACCUCCGUCGUCACUUAGCAACGCGUCAGUCGAUGAGCCACGGUUACCCCAUGGUACUACCGCAACCGCCACCUGCUUACUGGCAACACUUAUCCGACCGACAGUACGCCGCCAGCCUGCGUGGCUACCCUAAGCAGUAUUCCUCGCCACAGACAUACGGAACUUGGGUUGGACCCAGGUCACACGACAACCCAUACAAACGCAGACAUUCUGUAGUCGGCGCAUUCACCAAUGACGAAUACCCACCAAAAAGCUAUGAUCCAUACGAUGAUAGAAUGGAUUGUAAGAGCGAGAUCGCGUAUCCAUAUUAUCGACCGUAUCCAUACGAUCCAAGAAUGUACCCGGAUUUCGAUCCGCGAUUUUAUCCAGAUUUUAAACGGGAAGAAGCAGCUUACGGUGUUAAUUUGCUAAGACACGAUCCGUAUCAGUUCAGUGGGUCGAGGGAGAGAGUAUUUUAUAAUGUACGUAAUAGUCACACAUCAGUUGGCAACGAAUCUGAUGAUUUGACCAAGUACAAGGACGUUGCUUUGUAAAUUUAUACGUGAACUGGUGAAAAUCGAUUGAAAUUAAGUGUGAACAUACAAGUACUUAAGUAUAAUAUAUUAGUUCAAGUUAAGAGGUAUAUUUGACAUUUAACAUAAAGUAACCACUGUGUAUACAUUUAAUAACAUUCGUAAGAAACAGAAUUCUUACCACGAUUGACUCUAUCGAUAGUCAACCCGUAAUCAUGGCGCAUGCAAGUGUGUCGAAAUAUCGGGAGAUCAAACAGAACAAUCAUGGUAGAAUCCCAUAUAUUACGAACGUUAAUAUAGUAAAAACCGGAAAAGUAUAACGUUGUGUAUACAUUUGAUGCCAAUAUUGGCGACAGUUCUAGAACUAUAAUUAUUUAAAAUACGAAUACUUGAUUGAAUUACAUUAUAAUAGCGCUUUCAACAUAACAUUCAAAGUGUGUCACGUACUUAAUAAUUGUGGAUAUAAAUUAUGAUUAUUUUGUAUUAGAAGUGUUAUUAUGUAAGUGACAGUAUUUUAAAUAGUUUCCUAGUUGAGCAAAAAGCACAAUCAUGUGAUGUGACCUUUAAAAAUUAUGAGGUCGUGUGCACUCGUAUUUAUUGUUGGUUGCAUUGUAUCGCAUAGUAAUGAGUCGUAAACCUCUUUAAUUCUUGAGACUUAAAUAUGUAGGUGCUAUUUUUAUUACAUAGUUUGUUUUAUUUUACAAUUUUUCCGUAAGUGAAUUAUAUCUAUUUGAACAUUUUAAAAUUUUAAAGAAUCACAAGUUUGAUAUAUGAUGCGUAGUGUAAAGAUAAUUUGCGAAACAAUUGUAUUUUAAUGGACCAACGAUAAAUAAUUAAAUAUAAAUAGUAUUAACAAUUUAUAUAGUUUGUUACCUAAUAGCCAAAGGUGUAUAUUAG